AUGCUGUCCUGUCAGAGACUUCUUCAGGAGAGGAUUAUCUCACUCUUGCAGUCAUGCAAGACCAUCAAGCAUCUCCGGCAGGUCCAGUCUCAGGUAACGGCCAAUGGGUUUAGCCGGAGCGAACAUAUUGUCCAGAAAGUUAUCGUGGCGUGCGGGUUGCUGAAGGAAACGGAGUGUGCCCGUAAGUUGUUCGAUGAAAUUCCUGUACCAAGCGUCUCUUGCUGGAAUACAAUGUUCAAAUGCCAUUACCUCAAUGCUGAGCACCGGGAGGUUAUUAUUUUGUUCUGUCUGAUGAGGAGUUUUGAUAUAGUGCCAAACGGUUACAGUUUUCCUGUUGUCCUGAAAUCUUGUAUAAAGAUCAACGCUUUGAGAGAAGGUAAAGAGUUGCAUUGCCUUGUGACAAAGAGUGGAUUUGCUUCGAACUCAUUUGUUGGCACUACUUUGGUUGAGCUGUACUCGAAUCGGAAUCUAAUUGAAGCAGCUUACAAGAUUUUCUGUGAGAUGCCGGAAAGGAAUGUGGUUGCUUGGACUGUGAUGAUCAAUGGCUACAUUUCCUGCCAUGACAUCAUUGCUGCAAGGAGGCUCUUUGACCUGGCUCCGGAGCAUGAUGUUGUGAUGUCGAAUACAAUGAUCUUGGGUUACUUCGAAGUAGGAGACAUGAUAAGAGCACGGGAACUUUUCGAUAAGAUGAGUAGAAAGGAUCUCAUGUCCUGGAAUACCGUACUCAAUGGGUAUGCAAACAAUGGCGAUGUUGAGGCUUGUGAGGCAUUGUUCGAGAAAAUGCCGGAGAAAAAUAUUUUUUCAUGGAAUGGACUAAUUGGUGGUUAUGCACAUAAUGGGCGUUUCCCUCAAGUGUUGACGACAUUCAAUAGAAUGCUUGCAGAGAACAAAGUCAAACCGAACGAAGCGACAUUGGUGAUGGUGUUAUCUGCGUGUGCACGAUUAGGUGCUCUAGUUCUAGGCAAGUGGGUGCAUAUUCAAGCCAAGGCUAAUGGAUAUAGUGGAAAUUGUCGUGUUGGGAAUGCUCUUAUUGACAUGUACGCCAAAUCUGGAGCCAUGGAAAGUGCAAUUGAUGUAUUCAGAAGCAUGAAAAGGAAGGAUUUGAUUAGCUGGAACACCAUGAUUUGUGGUUUAGCAACGCAUGGUCAUGGAGCUGAUGCCUUGAAUAUGUUUAGUGAAAUGAAAAAUGCUGGAGAAAAACCAGAUUCAAUCACCUUUAUAGGAAUCCUGUCUGGCUGUGCACAUAUGGGUUUCGUAGAGGAUGGAUUCUCAUAUCUCAAAUCAAUGAUUGAUGAUUACUCAAUAGAACCUCAAAUUGAGCAUUACGGGUGCAUUGUAGAUUUGCUAGCAAGAGCCGGUCUUCUAGCUCAGGCUGUGGAUUUCAUUGUCAAGAUGCCUAAAGAAGCCGAUGCUGUCAUGUGGGCUACUCUGCUUGCGUCUUGUAGGGUAUACAAAAAUGUUGAAUUUGCUGAAUUGGCCCUUGAAAAGCUUGUUGAAUUUGACCCCAAGAACCCAACAAACUACGUGAUGCUAUCAAACGUCUAUGGUGAUAUUGGUAGAUGGAAAGAUUUGGCCAGACUGAAGGUUGCAACAAGAGAUACUGGAUUCAGGAAGUUACCAGGAUGUAGCUUGAUUGAGGUCAAUGAUGUUGUCUCAGAGUUUUAUUCGCUUGACGAGAGACACCCUGACAAAGAGCAGAUCUAUGAGUCCUUAAAGGGAUUGACCAUGCUCUCGAGGCUGUAUGGUAAUAUUCCAGAAGGGGAUACUGAUAUUGACUAG